AUGUGCUGCUUAGCCACCCAUGACUUGGCCGCAACACUAAAUUCUGGGAUGAACCUCUCAAGUUUAUGCCUGAGCGCCAUCUCAAGGAAGAUGAUCAUCUGCGGUCUUGCUCACAGAGACACAGCUGUGCUUCAUAUCAUUCAGCACUGGAAUGUGUGGAUGCGCAACGACUGCACUUGGCACUUCAAAGACUCUCAUCACCCCUUCAACGUGCCAAACAACAACAGAGGAAUGCUAGUACCUGUUUUGGGGUAUUGGGAGAAUUGA